AUGGAUGGUGUUGGCGAGGCGGCGGCGGCGGCGGCGACUCCAUCAGGUGUGUCUCUCCUUCUGCUCUGUCCCCGUUGCUGUGGUGUUGUCUCCGACGUCAUGGUGGAGCAGGGAGGUUUUGUCGUUCAGGAGUACGCGCAGGCGGUUGUCUACGCAAGUGACAGCUGGAAGAUGGAGUAUCUUGUGCUGGGUCUGUGGUCGAAGGCUGACAGUUCUGGUUUCCUCCUCCGACGUCGUCGUCACGUGGGGGUGUCAGUUCUGAAGUUCGAUGGCGAGUCCGGUGACAUGUUGCUCCGGUCUGAUUCUUUCAACGGCUAUGGUUUUGCUUCUGGCAAACUACUUUGGAGGUCCGUAAAGCUGCUGAUCAGCGAUGGAGCCACGUCGAGUUUGGGUGAAGAGGUGAUAUGUCUUUUUACCCUUUGA